ACCUGUGGGGCCAAAGAGCAGGUGUUUUGGAAAGAGAAACUCAGGGAGCACACUCCUUCAACGUGAGACUGUGAGGGGAAAGGUUGCAUUUCAUUGGAGCUGAUGAUGACAGUUUUUGCCCACAAUGUACAAGGUUCAUAUUACCACCUUCAGCUCAGCAAUAUCUCUAGAAACCUCCCUCUGCACACCUUGCUGUACUGACUGCAUCAGGAGAAAAUUUCAUCUCCUGGAGGCUGCUGUCCAUCAUUUGUUCCUAGGGACUUCAGCAGAGACUGGUGUGAAGUGAACUCAUCAGGGGAGGACUCAUCUCCAAGUAGCAGGUGAAGUGACCCUCCACCAUGUCACUGCUGCAAGGGGCCAAGGUGCUGCAGACACUGGAGGAAGCCUUGAGGAAGAGCCUCCCUGAGUCCAUAAAGGUUUAUGGGACUGUCUUCCACAUAAGACAGGGAAACCCAUUCAAGCUAAUGGCCCUGGUGGACAAGUGGCCUGAUUUUAACACAGUGGUUGUUCGCCCUCAGGAGCAGGAUAUGAUAGAUGACCUUGAUCACUAUACCAAUGCUUACCAAAUCUACUCCAAAGAUCUCCAAAACUGCCAGGAAUUCCUUGGUUCACCAGAUGUCAUCAAUUGGAAGCAGCAUUUACAAAUUCAAAGUUCACAGCCCAGCCUGAACCAAGUGAUAGAACAUCUUGCAGACACUAAAUCUUUCAAAGUCAAACGAACACAACGCAUCCUGUAUAUAGCUCCUCAGACAGCCAAGAAACUGGCUCCCUCCCUGCUGGAUACACAGAAUUUACCACCCACUGAUGGCAAGCCCAAGCCCAUCAACCAAGAGAUGUUUAAACCCACAUCCUUGGAUGUUACACAUGCUGCCUUGGUGAAUGAGUUGUGGGCUCUUGGGGGCAAUGAGAGAAGCCAGAAAUUCAUUGAGCGCUGUAUCCAGGCUUUCCCCAACAUUUGUCUACUGGGGCCUGAAGGGACCCCUGUGUCCUGGAGCCUAAUGGACCAGACUGGAGAGAUGCGGAUGGCAGGCACCUUGCCAGAGUACCGGAACCAUGGCCUCGUCUCCUAUGUUGUCUAUGCCCACGAGCAGACAACGGACAGGCUCGGCUUUCCCAUCUAUGCUCAUGUGGACAAUAACAACAAAGCUAUGCAAAAAAUGAGUCACAAUCUGCAUCAUGUCCCCAUCCCUGGAGGCUGGAACCAGUGGAACUGUGUGCCUCUGUGAACACAGCCUGAACAUGCAACCACGUCAUGUGGAUCUGGCAUAUAACUGGAGGAGUGGACAGUGGAUGAAAGUAAGAAUAAAUGGCCAUCAAUGGGAAAGAAGUGGGCACUAUGUGAACUCUUUGAAGCACUGAGAUGGUCCACAGCAUUGCAGAAUCCCUGCACCUUACAGUUCUCAGUAAGGAAUUGAGAGAGAA